AUGUACGAGUUCAAAGAUGGACUGGAUCAUGCACAGUAUUUGGACUCCAAGGAUCCUCUGGGGGCCUUCCGAAAGAGGUUCUACUUGAGGGAAGACACCGUCUACCUGUGCGGCAACUCCCUCGGUCUAGCCUCGAAGGACGCAGAAAACUCGCUAUUCAAUGUACUCGACGAGUGGAAGUAUGAAGGCGUCCAGCUGUGGAGUCAAAACAACAACAAAUUCCUCAAAUAUUCCGCGUACCUGGCAAAGUUAAUGGCGCCGCUAGUGGGAGCGGACGCCAAGGAAAUAGCGCUCUCUGGAUCGACGACGGUGAGCAUACACCAGUGCAUCAGCACCUUCUACAAACCGAGGGAGGAUAGAUAUAAAAUACUAGUCGACGACGUUAAUUUCUCGUCCGACAGGUACGCCGUGGACAGCCAAGUGAGACUAAAAGGAUACGAUCCGGCAGAAGCAGUCAAAGUGGUGAAGUGUAGAGGAAGGUUUAUGAGCGAGGACGACGUAAUAUCCGCCAUGACUCCAGAGGUAGCGCUCGUACUCCUCCCAGUCGUAUACUACAGGUCUGCUCAGAUUCUGGACGUUAAGAGAGUCACCGAUGCGGCCAAAUCGAGGGGAAUUUUCAUCGGAUGGGAUAUGUGUCACGCUGCUGGAGUCAUCGACUUCGAUUUGAGGUAUCUGGACGUAGAUUUUGCUGUGUGGUGCACGUACAAAUACCUCAAUGGGGGCCCUGGUGCGCCAUCCGCCUUGUACAUAAACAAGAAACACUUCCACCUCACGCCCGGGAUGUGCGGUUGGUUCGGCAACCGAGUGGAGACCCAGUUCAAAUUGAACCAGGAAUUCGACCACAAAAAGGACGCGAACGGCUGGCAGAUCGGCACGCCGCAUCUGCUCUCGAUGGGUCCUCUGGAAGGAUCCCUCAAGAUGUUUCUAGAGGCCGGCAUGACGAAUGUGAGACUGAAGUCUUUGAAGAUCACGGCGUACCUGAUGUAUUUGUCUGAUCUGAGGCUGUCCUACUACGGUUUCGACAUCGGAAACCCGAGGGAGGAUGAUAGGAGAGGUGGCCACGUUUGCUUGAGGCAUCGUGAGGCUUACAGGAUCUCAAUAGCCUUAAAAAAUAUGGGGGUAGUCCAGGAUUUUCGACCACCGAACGUAAUAAGAAUCACGCCGGCAGCUCUCUACACAUCAUAUGAGGAGGUAUACAGAGUGGUAGAGAUGAUCCUAUUGAUUGUUAAAAACGAAACCUACAAAUCUAUCUCUACAAGACGAAGUGUUGUAGUGUAA